GUUCCAAGCUUAGACGUCGACGAGCUUCAAGGAUGAAGUGCUUUAUCUUGCUGCUGACCGCCGCGGUGGCGACCUGCGCUCCGAGUUCUGAGAGCGAAAGCGCUACGGGACUGUACCAGUGGCCGCCGAACGCUGCAAACUGCGGCGUAAACGAGGAGUGGAAGCAGUGCGUGAGUAGCAGCUGCCCCGAGGCCUCAUGCAGCGAGCCCAUCAUCGGGCGCGCCUGCCCGUUCGACUGCCAGUCCGGAUGCUACUGCGCCGAUGGAUUCUACCGCAACGACGAACGAAACUGCGUACCGCUGGACCAGUGCCCGCGACAAGGAAGGGGAGGAAGACCUGGACAGCCAUGCCGUGAGAACGAGGAGUGGAAGACAUGCGUGAGCAGCUCCUGCGCGGAGGCCACGUGUGAGAAAAAGACCAUCGGUCCCGAAUGCACGUUCGACUGCCAGCAAGGCUGCUACUGCGCCCAGGGAUUCUACCGCAACUCCGAAAACACCUGUGUCCGCGAAGACCAGUGCCCAUCAUGAGUGUAGUCUCGAGUAAACGAGUACUAUCGACGAAUAAAGUCUGCU